GAAAACUUUCUCUAACAAUGCGAACGCGGCGGCGGAUUCGUGGGUUUGUUCUAAAGGGGUUCGAUCGAGGCGCCAUCUGUAAUCGAGCGGGAAAGAAAAACGUUUGAAGGCCGCCGGCCGGGCCAAGCAGCUCGGCGGGACUCGGGCGAAUCAGUGUGCGAGUCUCUCUGCCAUUUGCGCGUCGGUACCCGGCUACGCGACAACACAGAGAGUUGUGUUACCGGAAUUCUACGUGUGUUCGCCGGUGCGUAAAGAGGACGCGGCUCUCUCAUUUGGUGCGUUCGUUAUAACGCGUUUUGGUUCUCAACCUUUUCAACGAUAAUCUUAACGGAUCUCAAGGAUGGCGGAUACGGAAGUAAAGGAUACAAAGGUUGCUACCACCAGCCCGGAGAAAAAAGUGGUAGAAGAAGAAAAGAAAGUAGUUCAGGAGGUUGACGAGGAUUCUAAAACCUCGGAAAAUGGUCAAGCGACAGAGACCACAGAAAAUGGUUCUAGCGAGGAGAAGGAAACCGAGGAGAAGGAAGAAGAAUCCACCGAAAAUGGUGAUUCCACAGACGCACCAGCCGAUAGCUGUUGCAUAAAGAGGAAAUCAACGGCUUUAAAUGACGCUGCAGAGGACAAUGCUUUGGAUGGUGCAAGCCCUGAAAAAAAAUCUAGACUCGAAGAGAAAUGUGCUGAAGCAGAGAGCAAUGGAGAUGCAGAAGCCACAGCUUAAUAUCUUCUUGUCAUUACUAUUCUCAAUCCUUAUCUUAUAGAAUCAAUUUUAAUGGCUAAGCGCGAAGUCAGAACAGAUUUAAUUAUGACUGUGCAUCGUCAGUAGGGGCGAGCAUUUUAUAUCAAAGAUUGAUAUUAUGCUAAUGACAUUUGGCAUUUAGUACAUCUAUGUGUGUUUAUUGCAAUAACUUUUUAUUAAUAUCGGCAAUAACAAGUAUGUACAUUCAUACUAACACAAAUCUCUCAAAAUUCAUGAACAUCGAUUCUGUCCCCCCGUACUCUCUGGCAUCCGCAUAUAUAUAUUCAUUUAGCAUUAGACUAGUAAAGUAAGAGACGCAUAUAAAUAAUUUUAGGAAUAAUAUAUUUCUAACUUCUUAAAAAUGGACAAACACAGUGUGGUGCCUGAAAAAAAAAAGAAAGAAAGAAAGAAAGAAAGAUACAUUUGUGCAAAAUAUUUCACUUACUAGUCCCCAUUGUUUCUGAUGCACAGAAGUAGGUAUAGGUGAAUAAACUAAUCUCAUAACCAGAGAUAAAAGAUACAUUAUUUUUCUGCGAAUCAAAAUACAUUCCUAAAGUAGAAUACUUGUAUCUUCAAGUAUUUAUUUACUCUAUGACAACAAGAACAGAAACAAAUAUAUAUAUCAUUUAAAAGCAAAAUCUUUACUCGCGAUUUAUACAUAAUUGUGUAUAACAUUUUACUCUGUACUUUCAUUGGAUUUACAAUAAUAAUAAUGAACUCGUCAUGUUCUCGAUAUAUCUGACGAACGCGCGCAGUAUUUGAAAUUUGAAAGAAAACCUAAUUAAAAUAUUCGAGAAAUAAUUCUCUCUUUGCCUAAUGUAGUCUACAUGCCAGGAUUUGUAACGAAUCGCACUCCGUUGGAAAUUUUUGUAAAAGUAAACAGUUUUUUUUUUUUUAAUUUUAAUGGUAAAUCUGUGCAAUUUACAAAGUUUAACUUUAAAGAAUUGUGUUCAAUAAUACAUAAUAACAUGUAUAUGUAUGUGUAUAUAGACAUAUACUGGUGAGUAAACAUACCUGAUUGUGCUAACAGCAGUAAAAUCACUGCAUUUAUUUUUAAUAGCAAUUCUAUGGCCGUGACACAUUUCGUGAAAAAAAAAGAAAGAAAAGAAAAUUCAAAUGUAUCCCAUAGAGAAUCUAUAUAUCAUAUAAAUAUAAAUGUUAAAUGCAAAUAAUUUGAAAGAAAAAAAUAUCGAACGAUUCGUACAUAUAAAAAUUAUGUACUACAUUUGGUACUUAUAUUAAAUUACUUUGUUCGUAGAGCCAGAUUUUCCGUAAUUUGAUUAAUUUUAUAAGUAUCGAUGAACAGCUAACUAACAUAUUAGAAGUAAUUAGGAAUGCCUAUACUCUACGAACAUUAUUUCUAUUUUAAUUAUGUCUCCCAUUCUUUCUUUAGAUAUUUUUUUGUUUUAUUUAGGUUUGACAGAGAUAUAUCAAAAUUAAUACUAAAUAAUAAGUUCGGUAUCGACAUUUCUAACAUGCAGAUAUAUGACAAUACUAAUUAUAAGAAAUUAAUUGAAAUUUACUUUUUAUUUUGAGUUUAAUCUAAGAAUAUAAUAAUCUAUUUUAUUUAUUUUAUAUGUGCUAAAUUUGAAGAGUAUAGAAGCGUAUACUAUUUAUAGUU